AGCAUGGAGCGGGCGGCCGGCUCGGCUGGGGGGAGCUGCGGGCCGGCGGGGAGCACCUCCGCAGGCAGGCAGGAGCCGGGGGACCAGGGCGGCUGGGCCGGGGGGGCUGGCGGAAACUGGAUGGCGACUCACCCCACGCUCACAGAAAUGAUAUCUCUUGAUAUAUCUGACAGUUCUCAAAUCUAUGCUGCAUUUGUGGUUUACCUGGACCUCUUAGAAGGGAGAAACUGGCAUGAAGUGAAUUAUGUUGGAGUAGAAGAACUGCAGCUCGUAUGUUUACAUGCACGUGAAAAAGAACAGGACAGUCCCCAAGUGAUGGUGCCAGUACCUGUGCACAUAUUGUUGAGCCAUGAGAGGAUGAGAGAGAUCAUGAAGAAAGCAUCACUCCCACAGGAUGAUCCUGACACCCCGCUGUCAGUUACUUUGGCCAUAGUUGAGUCAGAUUCCACAGUAGUCUACUAUAAAAUGACUGAUGGCUUUGUACUACCAGACCCUCCUGACGAUACUGAAGAUAUGGACAAUAAACAGUGGAGAAAGAAAAGAAAGCUUUUGAAGUGAUUAAGACAAACACUUUUCUUGAGCUACUGUCCUCAAACAUAAACAAAUCCAGGAACUCACAUAUGUAAAUAAGUUGUGUGCUAAAGUCUGCCUUCUGCAUAUCAAGCAUCUUUUCAGGGAGAACAGAGGCUUGUGCAGCUGUACUGUAAUGAAAUGCUAUUCAAAAGUACAAAAUGGGUCAUGCUUUGUGACUAAUACUUGUGUGAUGUUUCCAAAGCUAGUCUCUUCUUUGUAUCUGGUCAGGUACAUAACGCAAUAAACACAUCCUUACCUAUAUUGUAGGUAUUUGUUAAAGGUAAAUCUUAAGGGGUUUCUGGUGGAAGUACUGAUACCAAGUUAAGGGUGUUGUAGUUUACAUAGUAUCUUUGUCUUAACACUGUGAGAAGCACUCUUGCUACCUCCCACCUUACAUUUCUGAACACUUACUUUCUUUGCUUUUGGAGAAGAGAAUUUUCCACAGAAAUACCUUAUUUUAAAACUUUCUCUGCAGAGGGAAAAUAUAUAACAAUAAGAGAGGCUACUAGAGCAAAGCAUAGACUAGUAGAAGAGGGGUCUCUGGAUCUGCCAUAAGUAUCUAUGAGCAGAGGCCAGCCCUUCACAUGGUCGUAGGUUAUGACUAGAUCAACCACACCUCAAAGUGUUGACCCAGGGUAGUGUUGCCCAUGUAGCUGGAUGCGCACCAUGAUAAAGGUCAUGAUCUGGAAGCACAAUUAAGCACCUGUUUCACAUACAGUGUUGGACAAUUGUCUAAGAACCAAAAGCGCACUGUGUUUAUAUCUCAGUGUGAUGAAGUUGUUUAAAUGGUGACCUGUUGUCCUCUGGAAUUUCCUGUCUGAAAUAGGUUUACUAUACUUUUAGUGCUUCCCUGUGAUGUUAGUGCUUAAAGCUCUCUGAAAAAGAGCACAACAAUGGGGCUUGUUUUUAUCUGUUGCCAAAGUGUGUAAUAAUCUGCGCUAUGAGGGAGCACUAGUUACCUGCUUUGUGUUGCAUCAGGCUUCUGAACCCAUUGUAAUUUCUAGGAUUUCCUUAUUUUUUUCUCUUAAUUAUUUUUUUAUUAGACAUGGCUUGUGCACAUUAAAUUGGCUACCCAAGAGGUGCUUCAGCUAGGGGUAAGUUAAUAGGUAAAAAAACAACUUGAAAUUUCUUCUACAGGAUUUUUCCAUGUCUUUCACAGAAGUCUUCAGGUUAAACUAAAUCAAAUAGUAUCUCAGAAGCAGCUUCUUGAGUGCAAAAAUGUCUGUAUGACAUUUGUGGGGCCAAGGACCACGCAUUCAAAAUUUGAAGCUCAAGAGCUCCUUUUAUUUAUUUUUUUUUUUCCAUGGGUAUAAGAAUGGGAGAGAUUCCAAAAAUCCAAGCUGGAAGUGAAAGACUAUUUAAGCUUCACUAUCCCUGGGGCUAGAGUGGGUGUUCUUACAGUUGCAGAGUUUGAACCUAAUUUGGUCAAAAACACUGGGAGGCAGAAUGAUACAGUGAAAGUCAAGGGCAGGAAGGCCCUCACACCCUGGGUGAUGUUAGGCAUUGUUCUUGGACACUGAUCCUCUGAGUGCUUGCAGGUCAAGGCAAGGAAGGCAACUGCUUUUCUGACUUGUUCAGACUUCAGCCCUCUCAGGAUGUUCCUGGCCUUGUAGCACACACCCAUCCCUCCCACCUUUGCCAACAAACUUGGAGGAGAAGGGUGCACUAUUACCAAGACUUCUGCAUGGCACCUAUGGGCAAAGAGGAAAAUAUUUUUACGAGCUUCACCAUUAGCACUGUUUCCUGCGGGGGAGAACCAUGCUGACUUGGGGAACAUGUUAAUCUAUGAGGAACAGACUGUUGUGCAUGUCCAGGUGCUUUGCUAAGCCUAUCGCAGCCUCACUAAUCUGGGAAGCUACUCGGCAUGUGAGCAACUCUGUGAUACUGUCCCUUGCACCAGUGCUAUUCAUUUUCAUCUUUUUAUUGGUAGCGUUUCUCACUGUUGUACGUUAUGACAGUACUGUUUCUUACAACUAACUCCUCACAUGUGAGCUGUAGUUCACUGAGGUGAGAGCUCCAGCAGCUAAUAAAUACCAGCUCAGAGAGGUUUGCUUCUGGAAGAUUUUGUUCUCAGCUGUUAUCUUGAUCCUGCAUAGACUGAGCGUGGAUGGGUUAUAAAUGUAUGGAUGUGUACCCUGAUCUAUUAGAGUAACUGGGCAAACCAUAUAUGAGCCUGUGUGUGUUUUGAUGCAGGCAGAAACAAAAUGCUUGCUUUUUUUCCCCAUACAGCAAGAGGAGACAGUGGGUCUGUGGGCUUCAGUCAUGGAGAAAGGCAAAGAAAAAUUCCCUCUUUCUUAGUCUUACUCCCCUCAUGGAGGAAAAUCUUAUUUUUAUUUUGGUCCAGUGCCAUGCUGCCUUAAAAAGGUACCUGUGUACUCCUAACAUGCUGUGUUUGACCUUAACUUCAAUAUUUAAUGUACUUUACUGUUUAUUCCAUAAAGUAAAUUUUACGCUUUGCUACUCUACAUACCACCAUUGUUAUAAGCUGUUAAAUACUUCAGCCCCAGUGUAUGUGCUGUAAAAGAGCUGAUUUUGUAUGAAGAAGUGUAUAACAAAUGCUACACUUUGCAGAAUUUAUAUUUAAGUGAUACAUGCUUAACCCUAAAAGCAAAUUCUUCUGCAUUUCUGGGAAAAACUGCCAUUUUGCAGUUUGCGGCAUGACUGACGCUUGAAUUUAACUUUCAUUUUAGUAUUUCUAUACAGAGAAAGAAGACCAUAACUUAAGCCUCCUUUUCUAUAUACUGAAAAGUGCUUACCUAGUCUUCAGAAGCUGACCUGGAAAAUCUGUGCCCAGAGGCUUUGAUUUCUGCCAUGUGUCCCACUGAGAAAUGAUUAUAUAAGCCUUUUUCCAGCUUCCUUAGAUAGUGGUGGCUCUUUAUUUCUGGGGGAAGAAAAACACAAACCAAAAACCAUUGCACAGUUUGUCCCAUCUGUAUUGCAAUGUAAACAAGGGGAUGUUAAAUAAAUUCAGAGCCAGCUGUGCUGUUCCUUUA